AAUCUGCCAGCAAAUCAGUUUAUUUCAAGCGGCUGCAAGACAGUUUAUUCCAGUGAUGGGGCAACGCAUGAGAUAAAAUAAUCCCCCCGCCUCCGUUUCCCAGUUAUGGGAUCGUGACAUAAAAAUUUGCGAGUGUUUUUUUUCGGGGGGGGGGAAUGACAGAAUCGGAUAAGAUCUGCAAGUUUAGGGAUUGGUUUUGAGUGUUUACAUCCCUUCCUCUCGCUUCUCUCCACUUUUGCCUGCCCUGAGUGGAGAGAAAGAGGCACCUUUGAAACACCAUCUCUCCCCCCCUUUCCACACCCAGCUUGGCUUCUGACAUCACCCUGGCUCCAGGAGGAGGAGACAGACCUUCAAAACAAGCUGCAGUUUCCCCCCCGCCUUGGCUAGCCUCAUCAAGCUGACUGCAGCCACCGUGGCCACCAGACCAACCGCAUUCUCGUCUUCUGAAGCUGCCCUCCCUGCGCAAAGAUGCUGAUUCUCCUGGCGUUCAUCAUUGUCUUCCACAUAACCUCAGCAGCUUUUUUGUUUAUCUCCACGAUUGACAGCGCCUGGUGGGUUGGGAAGGACUUCUCCACAGACAUUUGGUAUCUAUGGACCAAUGGCACGAACCCUACAGCACUUAACGAGACCUUCUCGGACUACCCCGCGAUCCAGGCAGUUCAGGCCACGAUGAUCCUGUCCACCAUCCUCUGCUGCGUGGCCUUUUUCGUGUUUAUCCUUCAACUCUUCCGACUAAAGCAAGGGGAGCGAUUUGUCUUAACAUCCAUCAUCCAGCUCUUAUCCUGUUUGUGCGUGAUGAUUGCAGCAUCAAUUUACACAGACCGCCAUGAAGAGUUUCACAAGGGUCCAUACUACGACUUUAUCAAGGUCAACAGCGGCCAGUUUGGCUAUUCCUACGUCUUGGCCUGGAUUGCCUUUGCUUUCACUUUGCUCAGCGGCAUCAUGUACCUAAUAUUAAGGAAGCGUAAAUAAAACUCUGGCAGCUGGUUUUAGGAAAAGGAAACGUUCUAUCCUUUGGCAGUACUGGAAAUCCAGUAACUAUUUUGUAUAUAGUCAGAAGCGGUUUUGUAGUAAAGUUAUGGUUUGUUUCUCCUCUCCCAAUGCAUCACCCCAUCCCCCUUGGUGUGAAACUACAAGUAUUAUGGGAGAGGGAGAAAACUGCAGGUCAACUGGAACAGCUAAACUCCCCUAGUGUGAGUGGGCAACUUAAAGGCAGCUGUUGGUGCUCAGUAGCCAUUGAUAGAACCUAUCCUCCACGAUUUUGUCAUUUCCUCUUGUUAUACAGCUUUCAAAAUAGGUAAUAUUACUAAGCAUUAACAAAACAAGCAGGAGUUGUCUUAUGGCUCUGUAAGACAAAUGUGCAUAGCUGGCAGAGUGCAGUAAGCAUUGUUCUGUCGCUAGCACUACGCACUCAGAUGGACGUCUGGAGUCUCCUUAGGAAUAUGAAGGAGGAGGUCUGCGAGAUCCAGACUCCUCUUGGCCCCCAAAUAAUUAUUUGGAUCCAGGAUAUCAUCCUGCAGCCAGUAGUUCCUUCAGUGAUCCAAAGCCAGUGGAGGAGGGAACUCGGAUGCAGUUCUUUCUAAAGUAGUGGCAUGGUAUGACAAUUAUGUGCUCGGUGCUGCUAGUUCUGGGCUGAUCUUGAACUGCCUAGCAGGACAAAGGUACUGCGCCCAUGUGGUUGCCAGGGGUUUAGCACAUGGGUGUGCCCUGCUCUAAACAUAAUCAAUUCAGGCUUGGAAGUAAUUCCAGCUGGACGCAGCAUCAGCUAGCACAGCGGAAGAUUGUUCUCUGCUGCUCUAGGUGCACAGCAAAAACCCUUACAGCUUCUGUGAGCGUUACUUUCUGAGACUAAAACAAUUGCUCCCGGACAUCAAACUGUGCAUUCAGAGUAAAUCUGUUCACUGCCUUGACCAGCAGUCAACAAAGGCAGCAUGUUGUCAAACCAAACACUUGGCUCAUUUCUGCACUGGCCGUUCAGUCACGCCUUCAUUGAAACAUUUCCCUACAUUUGGGAAGAAUUUGAAAGAAAGGCUGUCUUUGAGGGCACCCAAUCCCUCCACUGAAAAAGGGAUUCUAGGUAGCUUUCCUCUGCCAUGACCCCGAAGAGCUGUCGGUGUAGAAAGAAAAAAGAAAUUAAACAACAUGGCAGCCAAGUUGCAGGGGGCCACCAGAAAUCAUUUUGGGGACCCUAUAGGGCCAGCAGUUUAGCCACCCCUGGUGAAGACAAUAAGAGUUUUGGGUCAGCCAGUCUGAGUCAUAAGGAGGCAUUUAUGUACUGGGUCCUGGUACAAAGUGAUUUUGGCAGCACAGCUUUUCUGCUUUGUUGUCUGCUUAAAUACAUACAGCAGGCAACAAAAGGGUGAUUUUUAAACCAGGAAAUGCCCAAACAACACCAAACCUUAUUGCCUCUUGAGUUGCAUCAUUCCAGAAGAUCCACUUUGGCUUUCCCAGUUACCCAAAUCCACAUGCUUUCCCAAGCCCCCUCCCCCAAACCAACCAUAAUUUGGCCACCCAUCCACCAUAUUUAUUGGUGGCUAUAUAUAUAUCUCCAUCUUUCCAAUAUUGGCUUGUGUCAAAACAAGUUGCCUGGGUUUCACAGCCCCGGAAGCAUGUGCCAAAUCACCCAGCAGGUGACAAAACUCAGGUUGCUCUUAAAAUGUGUCUUGGGACAUCCUUAACAGCAGCAAAGAUUACUUUACAGAGCAUUCUUUUUAAAAUUAGACAACCCCAUCGACUACCCCAAAAGCUAACAGCUGUUUCCUUACUAAUCCCAGUGGUUGCUACUAAGGCUGCAAUCCUCUCUCUGUUGCUAGGGUAUAAGCCCUAUUAAACUCAAUAGGGAGUUACUUCCAAAUAAACAUAACUUACAAGUCUUCCAUCUGCAUGGCUGUCACCUGAUCAAGAUCAUUUCAGCUGAUCAUCAGCUGCCUUUUAAAACAACCAUUCCAUUAAGUUUAAACUAAAUGCUCAUGUAGCCCAAUUCAUAUCUCAAUACAGGGCCUUUUGAGAUUUGGGAGGAUGUGAAGGAAUGCAACCAACCAACCAACCAACCCAUUUUCAGUACAUUUUCUUUUGCACCUUGAUCCAGAAGAACCAAAAACUGUCACUUCCCUCUGCAGCCUUUCCAUCUCCAAAACAAUGUACCUGAAAAAAGUUACUUAAAACAGGUUAAAAAAAAAAGGUACCCCAGAUUUGAAUGUUAACAUGAAAGGGGGAAGAAAAUGUCUAGACCCUGCAAAAUAUCUGGCCAAAUGUUUGAAUUCAUGCAAAGACCCAGCUCCUCCCAACUGUGUUCUGUAUGGAAAACCUCCCUCUAGCUCAUGGGCAGAGCUUGGAAAAGUUACUUUUUUGAACUCCCAUCACCCCUAUCCAGUGGCCAUGCUGGCUGGGGCUGAUGGGAAUUGUAGUUUUUAAAAAGUAACUUUUCCAAGCUCUGCUCAUGGGUGAGGAACUUCAGCCCCAGGGGCCGGCUGAACCCUUCCCCCUUGCUGUCUGUCCCUUGGGACUCUCCCCCAGGCCACACCCCUCACCGGCCCUGCUUUGCACCCUCCUUGAGGGCUUUUGCCUGGCUGGAACAUGUUCCUGAACUGUAGUCAUGUCUCGCUUGCCUGGAUGGAAGAUGAAGCGUUAGGAUGUAGGCGGUGCUGGAGAAACUUCUGACUUAUGCAUGGCUAGAUUAUAGCCGCCUGUACAGAGAGGAGAAUCAGAGCUGUUGCUCCAUCCACUUUUGCCUCUGCACAUGCCCAUCACUGGCACAUGGCCCCUGGAAGGUUGCCCGUGCUCUAACACAGUUCUUCAACCUUAGGCCCCCAGAUGUUGCUGGAAUACAACUCCCAUCAUCCUUGGCCGUUGGCUGGGGUUGUUGAGAGUGGUAGUCCAACAACAUCUGGUGACCCAAGGUUGAAGAAUGCUGCUCUAAUGGUUGCUGACAUCCCCGUUACUGACCAGUUUCUGCCCCCUCCCCUUGAACUCAAAUUUACUGCUCCUUAUUCUUGUCCUGUGCUCUGAAGUCCUCAGACAUUUUGGGCCCAGGCACAUGUACAUUUUAUACAAAAAUCUGCACCACUGUCCAUUCGCUACUCAAAAGAAUGAACUUGUCUGGCCGGGUAAAUUGUAUAGACUGAAAUUAUAUUUAUGUAAAAAAGUAUGUACAUGUACAUACACAUAUAGAAUUAUUUUCAUAUUUAGAUUUCUGACCACAUAAGACAAUACCAUCAUUUUUUCCAAAAACAAAAAGACCACCUUUUUUUUUUCUUAAAAUGUUACUGCCUUUGCAACUCGACUUGGAAUUAUAGGAACUUUUUUUUUUUUACAUUUGCUCCUACUAUUUUUCAAGAUUUUUUAUUUUUAAAAUACAGAAAUUAAGAAACCAAAAAUGUUUGGCAGAGGACAGUAAUUUUCAGGAUUGCUAGCUUAACUCUAUCCACUGUGCCUCAAGUGUUUUGUAUUUUAUAUACCCACUGUGUAUAUGGAAAUAAAAGUUACAAACAGUA